AUGUCGAAUGUCAGGCUAAUCAAAUCUUCAGACCAGAAGACAAUCAUUCAUCAGGCCAGCCAUCAGUCGAGGCAGCGGAUCAGCCAUCAGACCGGCUCGAAAUCCCAGUGGCUAAUCUUGGAUUCGGCCAAUCUAACAGCCGUCCAGUCAGGCAUCCGGUCAGCCGUCAAGUCAUCUCUUCGACUUCUCAUUGUGUUUCACUACGCCGCUUGGAUGAUCGAUGAAUCUAAACAAGGAGACAUCUACCCUCACUUCUUUGUAAAUAUCAUAGCAUAA